AUGGAUCUUGUAAGUAGAAAAUUAUUGAUCCAUUUUUCACAAUCACAAGCUAUUUCUCCAAUAGCAAGUUCUUCGAGUUCAAUUAUACAUCCUCAUAUUCAUCAUUCCAGCACAAGUUUUCCCAUCAUAGCAAUUGCGAUAAUCGGAAUAUUAGCGACAGCUUUCUUGCUUGUUUCCUACUACAUCUUUGUCAUCAAAUGUUGUCUCAACUGGCACCGUAUCGAUCUUCUCCGGCGAUUCUCGCCGUCUCGAAGACAGCAAGGUCCCACAACAGCAUACUCACCGGGGACAGAGCCUCGCGGUCUGGACGAGGCCGUGAUUAGGCUAAUCCCGGUGAUUCAUUUCAAAACAGAAGAUGAGGAUAGAGACUCGGCUGAAUGUGCUGUUUGUUUGAAUGAUUUUCAACAAGAGGAGAAGCUUCGCAUUAUACCGAACUGUAACCAUGUUUUCCACAUUGAUUGCAUUGAUGUUUGGUUACAAAACAAUGCUAAUUGUCCACUUUGUAGAACCAGCAUUUCUUUGACAAAAGGAUACCGUUUUGAUCAAAUGCUUCAACAUAGCCCUUUUUCAGUUUCAACUCAAGAUCAAAAUCAGCAUAACGAUGAAGAUUUUGUUGUGAUUGAAUUGAGUAACGAUGCAAUAGAAUCACCAUUAUCAUUAUCAUUACCAUUACCAUUGCCAUUGCCAUUACCAAGAGCGAGUUCUAUUAGUCCUUCUCCGAGAAAAAGUCGAAAAAAGUUGCAUAAAGUUACGAGUAUGGGAGAUGAAUGCAUUGAUAUUAGAGCGACAAAAGAUGAACAAUUUUCAGUUCAACCGAUUAGAAGAUCAUUUUCAAUGGAUUCAUCAGGGGAUAGACAGUUUUAUCUAGCAGUUCAAGAAGCUCUGCAUCAGCAAAAGAGGGGUGUCAAUGAAGUUAGCAACUCCAGUGAAGGAUGCAGCGGUGGAGGCGGUGGCGGUGGUGGAGGUGGAGGUGGAGGUGGAAGUGGUAGGGUGAAGAAAUCAUUUUUUUUAUUUGGAUAUGGAAGUAGAUCUAGAAGUUCUGUUCAACCUGUUUGUUUAGAUUCUUGA